AUGGAGCCUGAUCUAACUUUGGAUGAAGUAGCAGAACAGAACAGAUCAGCACCUGACGAAGAGGAUGAAGAUGCUUUCGUCGUCGAGGAGAUUGGGGAUUCUUCAGAUGACCGACAGGCAGAGCCGACCGUGGCGUUGGAACCCAAGAAGGGGAUGAUGUUCAGCAGCGAGGAUGAUGCUGUCAGGUUCUACAAAGCUUAUGCCAGAAAAAAGGGCUUUGGUGUCAUAAGAAGGACGACCAGACACGGAGAAGACAAAAUGCUUACUUAUUUCACGCUUGCUUGUAACAGACAAGGGAAGGCUCAGUACUCAGCAAAGAACUCAUUCAAGCCUAAUCCGUCGACAAGGAUGCAAUGCCCAGCUAAAAGUAAUUUCUCUCGUCGUGGGGAAAACUUUUGUAUCACGACUGUUACGCUUGACCACAAUCAUCCUAUAAGUCCAAGCAAAGCCAGAUUUCUGAGAUGUCAUAAGAAAGUGGACUUGCAUUCCAAGAGAAGGCUAGAAUUGAAUGAUCAAGCAGGAGCACGUAUGAACAAGAAUUUUGGUUCUCCUGUUAUGGAAGCUGGCUGGUAUGGAAAUCUUGAGUUUGGUGAAAAGGAAUGCACUAACUAUUUGCAAGAGAAAAGAAGCCUGAAACUUGGUGCUGGAGAUGCACAUGCCCUUUAUCAGUAUUUUCUCCAUAUGCAGUCAAAAGAUCCAGCUUUUUUCCAUGUUAUGGAUGUGGCCGAGGAUGGACGACUGAGAAAUGUCUUUUGGGCAGAUGCAAGAAGUAGGGCUGCAUACGAGUCUUAUUGGGAUGUCAUCACAUUUGAUACUACAUACCUAACAAACAAGUAUACAAUACCGCUCGCUACUUUUGUUGGCAUAAAUCAUCAUGGAGAAUCUGUUCUAUUAGGUUGUGGUCUUCUGUCCAAUGAAGACACCGAGACUUUUGUUUGGCUGUUUAAAUCUUGGCUAUGCUGUAUGUCAUGCAAACCACCAAAUGCUAUAAUCACCGACCAAUGCAAACCAAUGCAGAAUGCUAUUGAAGAAGUUUUCCCUCAAGCUCGUCAUAGAUGGUGUGCAUGUCAUAUCAUGAAGAAGAUUCCUGAAAACCUUAAUGGGUAUGAAAACAUUAAAUCUACAUUGUCAAAUGUGGUGUAUGAUUCCUUGACCAAACAUGGUUUUGACAAAGCUUGGGUGGAGAUGAUCAAUAAAUAUGAUCUUCAGGAGAAUGAAUGGCUUGCUGGAUUAUAUGAUAAUAAAAAUCGAUGGGUACCAGCAUAUGUAAAAGAUACUUUCUGGGCAGGAAUGUCUUCAACAAAAAGGAGUGAGAGUGUAAAUGCUUUCUUUGAUGGCUAUGUCAAUGCUAGAACAACUCUGAAGCAAUUUGUGGAGCAGUAUGAAAAUUUACUAAGAGACAAGGUAGAGAAAGAAAACAAGGCUGAUUCUAAGUCAUUCCAACAGCAAAUUCCAUGCAUUACUCACUAUGACUUUGAGAGACAAUUUCAAGCAGCAUAUACUACUGCAAAGUUUAAAGAGUUUCAAGAUCAAUUAAGAGGUAAAAUCUAUUGCUAUCCAACUCAGCUGAACAAAGAAGGAUCAAUUUUUACAUUUGGAGUCAGAGAGGACAGCAAGAUUUUUUGUGAAGGGGAGGAUGGCAAAGGAAAAGAGAAAAGGGUUAUUUUAGAGUUCAUUGUCUUGUUCAACCAAGGGGAAUGUGAUGUGCAGUGUAUGUGUAGGCUCUUUGAAUUUCGAGGCAUCUUGUGUAGCCACAUCAUUUCCGUGCUUGCUCUCAUGGAGAUCACAGAUGUACCUUCUAGGUAUAUAUUGCAGCGAUGGAGAAAGGAUAUUAAGCGCAAACACACAUUUAUUAGAUGCUCCUAUGAUGAUAUGAUUGAUACACAAGUUGUGCAGCGUUAUGAUAAUUUGUGCAAGCGUUCCCACGAACUGGCAGAGAAUGGUGCAGAGUCUGAUGCAUUGCAUGACUUGGUGAUGGAUGGCCUUAAUGAAUUACAAAGUAAGAUUGACGCGUACUGUGCUAGUGUAGGUUGUCCUCCUUCAAAGAGAAAGGAAUCGAAAGUGGAUCAAGUGGUCAAAAAAUUGAGAGCAAAGAAGCAGCAGGUACCAACAAAUACAAAUGAAAUGCCAAGUCAAUAG